AUGAGAGUAGUUAUUCAAAAAGUCAAACAAGCUUCAGUCACUGUUGAAGAAAAAGUGAUAUCAUCUAUCGGAAAAGGGCUUAUGAUCCUUGUUGGUAUUUCAACAACAGAUACUAUAGAAGAUGUAAAUAAAUUAUCAAAGAAGUUGUUAUCAUUGAGAAUUUUCGAAGAUUUAAGUCAACCUCCAAACACAACUACGAAAUGGUACGGCAAACCAUGGUCAAAAUCCGUUAUCGACAUUCAAGGAGAGAUACUUUCAGUUAGUCAAUUUACAUUAUAUGGUACAGUUAAAAAAGGAACAAAGCCAGAUUUUCAUAAGGCUGCAAAAGGAGAAUCUGCCGUAAGUCUAUAUAAACAAUUACUUGAAAAUUUAAGGAAAGAAUUAGGAGAAGAUAAAGUCAAAGAUGGUGAAUUUGGAGCCAUGAUGGAUGUGGCAUUAGUUAAUGAUGGUCCGGUUACUAUUAUUUGGGAUACAGCUGAAAAUACUUUAUAG